ACUCAUCACAAAGCACAACACAAACAGAGUUGACGCUCUUGCUUUUUAGUUGUAAAUAUUUCUCUCGCGUUGUUGAUCAAGUCCAAUUUUCCUCUUUCAGAUUGUGAAAAAUGCGACAAAAUUUGGUGCUAGGUGUGAGGAUGUGAAUGAAUAAGCUUUAGCCGAUAAAUUCUUCGAGUUUCAAGCAAGAACAUAAGACUGCCUUCAGGAUGGAAGUGAUUAUGCACUCAGAAAUCGCUCGAGUGGUUUUGGCAUAUCUGUACGGACAGAAGCUGGACCGGGUGGCGGAGACGUUUUGUCACGCUAGCCCGUACCUGAGGGAGGAACGGAAUUUACUGCGCCGGGGUUAUCGACCGGCGAUGUACACUAGCCUGAAGUUGACGGAUUUGUUUCGCGAGUACAGUGAAAUUCAAAUUAAACUGAAAAACUUUGUGGAUAAGUUCUGCGAAGAACUUAACAUGCAGAGUGAUUGGACGUUAAUGCGCAAAAUAGACAUUUUGCUGUCAGUGGUGCAAAAACGUCUCAUAAAGAAGCAGAAGGACAAUUUGGUAAAGGAUGUCAGUGAGGGAGGAGCAAGCGCUAAAAGACGCAAACGAGGGAUUCCAUCACGACCACAAUCAAUGGCUAGUAGCAGUACUCCAGAAACGAGUGAACCGAAAACCAAACGAAUCUGUGUUGACCGAUCGUUCAUAGUACUGAACGAAUCUGUCGCCGAGGAGGAUAGAAAUAUAUCCAAUCUGUCGCACAUUUCGCCGAUUAAGGAUGACAAUUCAAGUCGCUGCUCGGAUCUGGGCGGAGACGUAGAGGACGAAGGAGAGGAUGCCAAACCGGAGGAAAAUGUUGUUCAGCGCAAGGAUGAGGUGGAAAUUGAUGAAAAUGAGCUUGAGCUUAGAAAGUUUCCUCCGAUAGAUCUGUUUUCCCAGACACUGCUAGAGAACGAGAGCUAUCCGGAAAAAAUUGCGGAUUUAAUCAACAAAGGUUUGGAGACCUCGUUGAAUCAGCAACAGGAUCCGAAAGAGGGAAUGUCUGCUUCUGUCCAGGCGAGAGAAGAGGACACCAGCAGGGAGCAGAAAAAUGACCAACUUUUUAAUUUUAACUUCGACGAAAUAAUCUCGAAUAUUGUAAAUAGCGCAGUCAAAGAUCCCGUGUUCGAUGAUAUCAUCGGUGAUAUAAGUUCGAAAGCGAAUCAGAUAACCGAAAGCGGUAAAGAAAACGAAGUGGACGAACUAUCCGCCGAGGGUGUAUCGGAAACACCGUUGAAGGCACGACUGAGAAGAACUUGUAAGAAGAAUUACAGCUUUGUUGCUUCAGCGAGAAAGUCCGCCAAAAAGGUGAAUGUUAUUUCAGAUGUCCCUUUCUCGGGAGCACUUCCACCGGUAGUUGUCAAUGCCGUUCAACCUGUAGCGGUUGGAAAUGAAGCAAUCCAGGCCGCCGUUUCUUCUACCGAGCCUGAUGAGCCAGCCAUUGCACCGGUUUCGACUACACAGUUUUACGUGAUUCAACCAGACAACACAACUAAGCUGAUGGACAUUAAUCAACUACAAUUUCCAAUGCAACAGCCGCUCAAUGUUGCGCAUCCUACGACUUCAAUGACGACCCAGUCGCAGGCAACCCUAGUGCCCAUUACGGGGACAGGCAUUCCUGAGAACACCUACUAUAUAAAUAUUCCCAAUUAUUAUUUGGACAACAGCUUACAGCUGCCAUUGGCGCUCAACAGCUAUCAAUCUGGGACAGGAGCUGGCACCGAACAGUUUGUUAGUAAUUCUGCAAUUUCUAUUGUGUCGGAUGCCACCCCUAGCCCGGAUAAAUUCCUAAUUUUUCAUGCCACCACAUCGUCAACCGCUAGCAGCACCAACACAGCCACGUUUACCACCAGUCAGGCACCAUCGAUUUCAAUAACAACAACGAAAGCCACCAUCGAUAGCAUUUGCGCAACCUUUGCUCCUAUUCAGGCAAAACCGGAGAUCAAAAAUACACCCCAAAACGCCCUCUCUACCAAUCCGGACAGUCGCAGUGCCUCAACACCCAGCCGGAAAGCUGCUCACAUUCGUAUUCUCAACUUCCACACCCCAGCAAAACAGUCACAACCAGUUUCAACUCCGGGUUCAGCUCCGGCUUCCGUGGAUCACCGCAUAUCUUAUCCUUCGCGAAUUGCUCCCAAGCUAGAACCCAUCGACGAAAACCAAUCACAGCCUGAAGAUCCCCUAAGUACUUCAUGCGUUUCCCAAAUCACUUUAGCAGGUGACUGGGAUUCCGUGCACGGCAUCGGAGCGAUCACUACUGCUGGAAGUGUCCAGUCUAGCGCCAGCUCCGUUUUGAAUACUCCACGAGUGUCGAAGGAUCCUCGAAGUUGUGUUCGAGUUCUGUCCCGAUCGGCAAGCGAGGAUGGCGACAAACCACCGCCCAGUCCUCCGGCACUGCUUCAGACCAGCUCCGUUCCUCCGAUGGUCGAGAUUCCCGUCUCGCCAACAACCUGCAGGAAGUCCUCGUGCUCGUCUGCCCCGAUCAGUACGAUCGAUAUGGACGAAUGGCGUCGUAUCCGUUCCGUUUCGAAAUUUAACUUUGAUCAACAUUUGCGACAGGUUGAAGAACAAAGACAGCUACAGGCUAAGGGUUUGAAAAUUUCUAAACCACAGCGGAAAAAGGUUAAUCCACGUAAGAAAACGGUAGCAAAAAGAGCGAAGAAAACUAGCAAGGUAAAGGCAGAAAAUGCCAACGAAUCAGCAGAAACCACUAUCGAAACCGAUAUGUCACUUACCGACAUACACGGUCAGAUGUUGGAAGAUGCACUGGCUUCUGCAAAAAAGGUUACCCCUAGUGGUAAAACUCCGGCCAAAACUCCAAGCACAAAGGGCCGGAAGCAAGUGAAAGUGUCACCAGCAUCCGAUAAACAAGAAUUGGAAGAGGAUGAGGAACAGCAGCAGCCAAAAAGUAAAAUCUACGUGAAGAUAACUACACCGAGAAAGCGAACUCCGGCUAAACGAUACGAACCAGCUCUGAAGACUAUCCCAGGCAGCAAAUCGGCACGUAAGAGACGUUCGAGUAGCAGUCCCAAGAAAAAGGUCGCUCCAAAAAAAGAAAUUAAAUCAAACGCUCAGAAAACUGCCAAGGAUGAGCCAAAAAACGAACCAAAACCCGUGCCGGAAGAACCACCCCCAGCCACUCCUGAAGGCGAGUCUCCCAAAACGAUAAAAGACCACCCGAAAGUGCAAGCGAAAAAAUCUAGUCCACAGAAAGAGGAACACGCACAGCCACCGUCCGACGCAGUCGAAAUGGCCACUGAUCCUCCGCCGGAGGAAACCUCAGAGCAAAAAUCUUUUCAACUACCCUCGGAUUGUUCGCUGGGAUCGUCGUUGCUACUGCAAACACCUUUUAAAACAGAUUUGGCUAACUUUCCAAUCACUCCACGGUUCCUCAUUCCGGAGCAACUGCAGGACACUCCAAUGACCAAAAUUAUGCGUGACCUGAAGGGAAUCGAAGCUAGUUCGUCCAUGACGAAGUCGUGUGAAAUUCAAACACCCAACUUUCCCAUUACUCCCGGGUUGAACAGCACUCCCAAGUCGAUCAAUUCUGUUAGUCCACAUAGUAACACCGGUCUCAGCUCCCGAAGAACGGACUAUUCAUCCGGUAGCUCGUACUAUAAACCUGACGAAUCCGAAGAUCUGGAUAAGAAACUGGAGGCAAUGCUUCAUGGGGAUAGGAUAAAGCGAAUCACGAAAGAAGUCGUUAGCAGUACUGCCAUUACGAGUGAGCCAGAGCUAAUAGAGGUUCCGGUUACCAAUGAAGCUAUAAAAGUUAUAGAGGAAUCCGUUGCAAGCGUCCCAAUAGUUAAUGAAACGCCAGCUUCCAGCACUGUUUCAGAUCCGCCACCGCCGGCUGAAACCAUAGUUGAAUUGAAUUCAUCUAGUUCGGAUUCUAGCACCAGUUCAGAUUCUUCUUCAGACUCCAGCAGUGGUGAAAGCUCUCCCGAAAAUACUCCAUGUAAAACGUCUCCGGUUACUAGUGUAAGUCCGAAGAAAAAAACCUCACCAAGUUUACCAACGGCACCCAGCACUAGCGAAACCAAUCGCCUACAGCAGCAGCAGGCAGAACUGGAGGCCAAAAAGCAACGAACGAUUGCUCGCAUUAAAACCUCUAUCGUCGUCCCGCCACCGAAAAAGGUGGAACGAAAAUUCACAGGUGCCCCUGGUUUCCGAGCACGGAAAGUAGUUGUCACCCGUAAGGAACAGAUUUUGAACCGUAUUUCAGCAAAAAUAAACAAACCACCUUCUUCGCCUGCCGCACGUCCUCCGUUGGUUCUAAAAGUUCCCCAAGCUGUGCCGUACCAAACAAGAUCUACAUCGGCCUCCGCGAAGCGGAAGAAUCCAACCCCUCGUAAAAUUAUCCAGCUUCAUGAAGCAAUCAGUCCACCAAAGAAGCCUUCGCCAAAGCGGAAAGCGCGGCCACCACAAUUGCCAACAGCCAAAAAGCCAGAACCUUCCACCAAGGUUCCCACUGUCAAAAAAAUCGACCAAUUAAUUGAAGGUACGUACGAAAACGAAAAUCUCACUCGACUGUGCUACACUCCUGAUCAUGAGGCAGUGCCUAGUGUCGAAGCCGAUCUCCAGGGACACAAAAAGCAAGUUUACUCCUUCCGGAGCCCAGAACGAGGCAAGAGCGAAAAGUGCGACCUACAAAUAACCCCCGAUUCUAACAAAGAAAAUCACUCACUGGAAGCUCCAACCCAAACUAAAAUAGAACCGGCCGACCGAUGCGUGGUGCAAAGCGAUGAUGACGAAGAAGAGGAAGACGAUGAGGAACAGAACGCCUACGACGAGUGUUCCUUCAAAGCGAUCGGCGAAGAUUCGUCCACCGGCUGCUAUUUCCAUUUCGUUUACAACGAAAAACAAGCACCACGGGUUAGCGAGAAUCGAAACCAAUUAAUUAAAAAAUGCAAUGUCGUUCUCGACAGUCAAAAAAUAUGUCUAGACGCUCGAGAACCAAUUCCUCUGUUCGAACAGCAGCCAAAGAAGGCACCUUCCAGCCCGAAAAAAGUGGCCUCUACCGUUAAAUCGACUGUCGCGAAGAAAGCACCUAACAAACCGGUUGAGGUCAUUGCUCCAAACACGGCAGAAACUCAACCAACAAAGGCAGCAAAUUCGGUGGAAACGCGACCAGUUGUACCGACUGUCAGAGCCAAAUUCAACGUAAUAUCCGCGAAUCGCUGUAUAAAGCAACCGAGCACGUUAGGAAGCGCUGCACAGUAUAUGGCUUCCAAGGGCUGUAAGCUAGUGGCUUCCAGCCGGAGUGCGCCUUCAUUACCGGUGAAGGAUGCAACUGAAGUGACAGUACCGUACGGAAUGCACUCCCCGAAGAUGCCACUCAAGUUGGACAUGAAGAUGCGCCAACAGGCUCAACAGCAGCAACAACCGGCACCAGUUGGUUCCGCUGGUGAUGCUAGUUCACAACCGUCACCUCCUCCUUCGCCCACGACGUCGGAAGAUUCAUCUCCAAAACUGAAGAAAUUAAUCCCCGAGUACGACAUUGCUGAGGUGCUUACCCACAUCCAUGGGUAAAAAAAAACUUGCACCAUCAGCUGCUGGUGGGCUGAAGUGUAAAUAUCGAUUCUGUCUUUAAUUUUAGUACAAAGUUGGGUUAGAAAAAAGAAAAACAUUUGAGAGAGUCGACAGAAUAGUAUUUUAUUGAGAAAAAAUAUAACUAUUCUACCUUAACUACAUACAUUUAUCGUUAAAUUAAACAUUGUCUCGUUGACUCAUGAAAUUUUUUGUCUCUUUUGUUUCAUGGGGAAUUUAAACUAGUUUUAGUCACGCAGAAUUUCAUUAUUUUUCGCGUAGUUGACUUUCGCGUCGGCAUACCUAGUAUUAACGAAUAAAAACGCCUCUAUCAUUUUAGUGCGCUGAGU